CCACCAGAGCCAAUCCUUUGAGAUCCGACACGGCAGACUUAAGCCUCCAUGGACACGAAGAGCUUCGAGAGCGCACCGCUGGCCAUCUUGACUCGAGAUGCUCCCAUGGGCGACUCCUGCACACACACACAGUGCACACACACGCACACACACACACACAUGCCGCAUUCACUCACACACGUCACACUUACACAUCGCUCUCAGGUCACUCACCGCGGCCUUUGUCGCCAGGUAAUCUAGUGCCUCUGGCGGCCCCUGUCACACACACGCAGAACACACAAAUAGCGAAGGCAUGGCUGAUGUGGUGUGUUUGUGCCGCAGGUGACAGAGAGAGAGCUACCUGUGAGUGUAGUCCCUCUAGCAUAGUGAGAGUGUCGUAGAUGUUGCGCAGCACACCAACCUGCACACACACACAUGAGGCAACACAAUCAAGCGGUGAUGCUUGUCUAAUGGGAGGCCUUUCGUUCGUUGCAGUGACUGACCGACUCAUCUGCUUGCGCGUCGCUGCCGAGCAAACCGCCACCUUCAGCGGCUGACACACACACACACACACACACAUCGAUGAGCCGUCAUGUGUGUGUGUGUGUGUGUGUGUGUGGUGGUGCUGCCUGCCUUCAGCUCACCUGCAGCCGCCGCUUGUUGGUUGAUCGUGUGUGCCAUGUGUCAAUCACUCACUCACCACCAAUUGCUCACCACAACGAGCGAACACCUGCACAACACAGCACAGCACAGACACAAACACCGUGGUGUGAUUGAUGUGCCCGCCGUCAACGAGUGAGUCUCUCGUGGUGCUCACCCGCCAGUCAGCCGGUCUGGUCGGUCAUUGAUUACUCAAGCUGUCAAGGCGCCUACCGAUCUGCAGUCACUCACACACAAGCAAAGCUAUUACGUCCAAUCUGACCGCUCUUUCUCCAUGCUGCUGCACGCACAUGCCAAUCAGUGACCGACACAAACCUGACGCCGAAUGGCCGACGAAUGAGUGCAUGAGUGGGCUCUGCGGUGUCCGUCUGUCUGCAGCAGCGUCGGAUGAGAGAGGCGUUCGUGCGAACCGAUGAGUGCGGCUGAGAGAUUCUGCAAUGCCGAGCUGUACAGCUCUCACUGACG